GAACUGCUUAAGACUGAAGGAAAUGCAUAAAUGUUAUGAGGUAUACUUGUCAAUGAUUCAUGGAAUGAUUAUUAAAGAAGCAGCAGAAAACAGGUUUUCUUUAACAGCCUGAUUUCCAUAUUUAUCAUCAACAUGGUGACAUGACUUCCUGCUCAGCCACUCUCACCUGUUGCUGACUCCUCAGCAGGCCGGGUGUGUCUGAACAGGAAUGCAGUCAGAUCUGCCUGUUGGUCACAUGGGCAGCAGCGGGGGCUGCUAUUGGCUAUCAUUCAGAGAAGGUCGGCUGCACCUGAAGGCCAUCAGAGAUCCAGUCAGACUGAUUCUAGAGCUCCAGAGCCAUGGGUCAGGGCAGCUCUGCCGGCCUUCAGGUGUUGAUCAUGGGUCUGGACUCUGCGGGGAAGUCCACCUUGGUGGGCCAGAUCCUGACUGGACAGACGGUCAACACCUCGCCGACGGUGGGCUUCAACGUGGGAACGCUGGAGCUGAACAAGCAGUCGUGUCUGACGUUGUGGGAUGUUGGCGGACAGAAGAGCAUGAGACAAAACUGGCAGUACUACCUGGACGGGUGCAAGGCGUUGGUGUUUGUGGUGGACAGCACUGACGUGGCUCGCAUUCCGGAGGCGCAGAAGGCUCUGAAGAGCAUCCUCAGCGACGAGAGGCUGCGGGGAGUUCCUCUGAUGGUUCUGGCCAACAAGAAGGAUCUGCCCAACAGCAUGACCAUACGGGAGGUGUCCAACAAGUUGAACCUGAACAGUUACACAGACAGAAAGUGGGAGAUCCAGGCCUGCAGCGCCACCAAAGGGCUGGGGGUGCAACAGGCCUUCCUGACGGUCAACAAGCUGAUCAAGAGGAGCUGAGAGGACCAGCAAAGGAAAUCCACAUCUUCAGAAGGAGACUUGUUUCACCUCAAGAUUUUAUUUAUAGAGAUUAAUAAAGGUUUUAGUGAUGAUCCUGCUGUCUGAUUUGUUCCUUCCUGCUACAAAAUAAUU